GAAAUUACUAGAUCUUGCCGAUCAUUGGGUUGUGUGGUUCACAUGCAUCCCUAAUUUCUUUGCAAUUAUUUCUUAAGAAUCUCUCUCAAGAACGAUUUGAUUCAAGAAGAUCUUUAAUGGCGUCUCUUCAACUUCACCCCAUCAAAAGAGUUUUAAGUAUCAUGUGUUUUUAAGCUUUAGAGGUGAAGACACACGUAAGACCUUUGUUGAUCAUCUUUAUGCUUAUCUUAAGCAAAAAGGUAUUCACACCUUCAGGGACAACGAGGAACUCAAGAAAGGAAAACGGAUUGAUGAGCUCUUCAAAGCUAUUGAAGAGUCAAAGUUCUUUAUCAUUGUCUUCUCCAAAAACUAUGCAUCUUCCUCUUGGUGCCUGAAGAAGGUUACAAAGAUUAUGGAGUGCCAAGAUGAGAAUGAGCAGAUUGCUUACCCGCUCUUUUAUGAUGUGGAGCCAAGCGACAUCCGCAAACGAAGUGGGCCAGUUAAAACAGCCAUCAGCAAACAUAAGACCAACGAACACAUAGAGAAAUGGGAAAAGGCUUUGGAAAGUGCAGGCAAUCUGGUUGGGUGGGAUCUGAAAAACAUUGCUAAUGGGCAUGAAACUGAAGCCAUCAAAAAAAUUGCUGAAGAGAUUUCACUCAAGUUACGUUCCAUUCAUUUGAGCAAUGAUGAAAAUCUGAUAGGCAUGGACCGCCGGAUGCAAGAGCUGGAGUCGUCUUUGGGGAUCAGUUUGAACGAUAAAGCGCGCAUGAUAGGGAUCAAGGGUAUGGGAGGCAUUGGGAAGACAACAUUGGCUAGAUCUAUAUUUAAUAAAGUGUCUUCCCUUUUUGAAGGUAGUUGCUUUGUUGAUGAUGUAAGGGAAGUUUCAAAAAAGAAGGGUUUGCGGUCAUUGCAAAAACGAGUCCUUUCAGAUGUCCUGAACAUUGAACACAAAGGAAGUGUUUUAGAUGGGGAAAAAAUCAUGAGAAUGAGGCUACGCUAUAUAAAGGUUCUUCUUGCUCUAGACGAUGUGGAUAAUCCGAAGCAGCUUGAGGCGUUUGCUGGUGAUUGGUUUAAGGACGGAAGUAGAAUCAUCAUUACAACAAGAGACAAGAAAGUGCUGCUAGCACAUGGAGUGAAUGCGAAGUGGAUUCAUGAUGUUGAUUUCUUGUCGGAUGAGGAAGCAAUGAGCCUGUUUAGUAGGUAUGCAUUUAAGAGAUAUAUUCCAGAUAAAGGGUUUGAAAAGCUGUCAUCAGAAGUAGUACGUUAUUCUGCUGGUCUGCCCUUAACGAUCAAAGUUUUGGGUUCGCAUCUUCGUGGUGAAGAGGAGGUUGUAUGGAUAGAUGGACUAAAAAGACUAGAAACAAUUCCAUCGUUGGAAACUCUAGAGGUAUUGGAAAUAAGCUAUGACGGCCUGGAGGAUGAUCUCAAGGAAAUAUUCCUAGAUGUUGCAUGCUUCAUGGUUGGUUUUCCUAAAGAUGAUGCAAUUAGAGCGUUUGAUAGUUGUGGAUUUCGUGGUAUAUACGGCUUAAGAGUUCUUGAGCAAAAAUCUCUCAUAACAAUUUUACAUAAUGGAUUGGGUAUGCAUGAUAGAAUAGAAGAAUUGGGCAAGAAUAUUGUUCGGCAGUCGCACCCUCGUGAGCCGAACAAACAUAGCCGACUCUGGAUUCGCGAGGAAAUUGAAGAAUUAUUCACAGAUGAUGUGGGUACUGAAGCGUCAACAUGUACUGGACUGGAGCUGGAGCUGACCGAAGUGAGUCCUGAAAUUAUUAUAAAAGGCCUUGGAAACCUGAAGAAACUUAGAUAUAUUUUUCUUACUGGGAGUGACGAUGACUGUUUCCCUAGUGACUGGAAGUUUGAUCAGGAAAAACAGUACUUUCCGAAUUCGUUGCAGUUAUUGAAUUGGAAUGGUUACCCUGGUCGGUUUUUACCCCAAACAUUUCAAGCAAAUAAUCUUGUUGCACUUCAAUUGCCUGAUAGCAGAAUCGUGCAACUUUGGGAAGGAAGAGAAAGAAAGGUUCUUAAGAAGCUCAGGUUCCUAGACCUUAGUUGUUCAAACGUGAGGACUUUUGACUUUGGGAUGACUCCGAAUCUUAAGAGGUUAGAGCUUAGAGGAUGUCAUGAUUUGAUACAACUUCAUGUGCCCCCUGGAUGUCUAAAAAGGCUUGUCUACUUAGAUUUACUUUGGUGCUCAUCGUCUGUAUCUUUUUCGUUUAUCAAACAAUUGGAAUCACUUGAGCUUUUUAGUUUACCUGACUUAUUGGUGUCUGUGGUGUGCUUGGAGGAAUUCCCAAGGUACUCCCGCAACAAUCUGCCAAAGCUACGGUUCAUAUUUGAUUAUUCUAAAGAACAAUCCUCAUCAAAUGGAACUAGUCUCGAGUGUGUCUUACUAGAUCUCCAGCCUUGCACAAAGCUUGAGCAUGUUUCAGAAAGCAUUUGUGGUUUACAACACAUAAGGUGCCUUACAUUGGAUGGCUGUAUUCCAGAGGUACCCAAGGACAUUGACCAGUUGAAAUGCUUAGAAGAGCUAACUUUGUACUCUACACACCUCAUAUGUCUUCCGGAUAGUGUUUGUAUGUUGAAACAUCUAAAAUCUCUCAAAAUUAAAGAUUGCCGGUAUCUUGAAGAGUUACCAGAGAAUCUUGGUUUGUUAGAACAUUUAGAGGAACUGAGUUUGUCGUCCACAAGUAUUAGACGUCUUCCAGAUAGCAUAUGUAUGUUGAAACAGCUAUUAUCUCUCAAACUUAAAUCCUGUCUGCUUCUUCAAGAGUUACCCAAUGAUCUUGGCCAGUUAGAUUGUUUGGAGAAGCUAAAUUUGUUGUCUACAGGUAUUAGAAGUCUUCCAGAUAGCAUUUGCAUGCUAAAACAUCUGCAAUUUCUUAACCUUGAAUCUUGUCAGCUUCUUGAGAAGAUACCCGAGGAUAUUGGGCAAUUAGAAUGUUUAGAGGAGCUGAACCUGACAGAGUGUGAAUCUUUAGAAGAUAUUCCAAACAGCAUCUGUAAGAUGAAAUGUUUGAGAUAUUUCUAUCUCCCUUUUUGUAGUCGAGUCCAGAAAUUGCCUGAGGAACUUGGAAGUUUAGAGUGUUUAGAAGAGUUGGAUAUAAACUGUACAGGAAUUAGUCAUCUUCCACAUAGCAUUUGUUUGUUGAAAGAUCUGCGUAUUGUUGGAUCUGAGUCAGUUCUUCAGUCGUGUGCUUUUGAGAUACAGACCUCAGAAACUGAAACCUCCACACAAGCCUUGGAUAACACAGCCGCCGAGACCAAGACCGGAUUAAGGAACCAAUUAACAGAGAACUAUUGCAACAGGUGGUGUUGGUCAGUGGUGAUGGUGUUGGUGGUGGCGUUGUUGGUGAUGCAGGUGGUGAUACAAGUAAAAGUUUGA